ACAGACCCGAGCCCAGACAGAGACAGCACAAAGAGAGAGAGAGCCAGGAGAUACAGCCAGCUGAAGCAUCCCCUGAACAAACUGCCUCAUCACAGAACACCAGACCGGAAGACUGAUCAACAAGAUCCAUUUGGAAGCAAUAAAUCCAAGGAAAAUUUUGCCACAGCAGACAUGAAGCCAAUCUGUAGCGCCCUGGAGAAGCGUAACGGCGUGGUGGUGGGAGCUGAGCUGGCCUGCAGCGUUCGGGAGGAGAACAAGGCUGACAGGGAGAGCUACAGCGCCGACUGGCAUAGUGUCAGUCUCAAGACUCAACCUCAGGACAGACAGACAAUGAACAUGAAUGACGACUCUCGCAGGGAGACUCUGUCCCGGCAGUGGCUGGCCCGUACGCUGAAACAGACCUGCCCCUCUGGUGUCUUCCGAGUGGGCACCGUGGAAAGAGGAGUGAGGGAGCACCAGCUGUUGCCAAAGAGGAAAAGCCUCCCCUUGCCCAUCUUCGUCCCCGCAGAGCUGGGCAUCAGGCUCGGACGUGGAGCCCCGCACACCGAGGAGGACUUGCAGCCCUUCCCCAUCCCGGACGGAGCCUGUCCCAGCAAGAGGACCGUGGACGAGAUCACAAGAGACCUGCCCCCAGUCAAGCCCACCCUCAUGGAGUUCGUCAAAGGGCCCAGAGACCUGGGUCGCUCCGUGUCUCAAGAGGCCCAGAGAGGGUGAAAAACAAAAAGAGAAAGAGGGGCUGUUAGGGAGAGACGAGAUGGGUGACAUUUGGGAAAGAAUAGUCAUUGAGCUACGUGUGUCAGGAAAGAGCAUGACAAGAUAUAUAUAGAUUUAUCUCUAGUGACAGUCAUCAAAAACCUUAAAUACUGUAGAUCUUUAGCAAUAUCUGGGUUUCUCUGCGAGCACAGCACCAGUCAUUGUUGGCAUUUGGUGGUCAGUGGUACUAAGAAUGGUUGUGUGAUGGAGAGGCAGGGUUUGUGUUCUCAGCUGUGCCAUGGGCUGACCAGUUGACCUCUCCAUAUCUGCUGAUCUCUCAGUGGAAUCACUGCGACCUUUUGCCUUUUAUUUUGUAUUGAAAAGUGCAAAUGCUCAAAAAGGUAAAUGAAAGUGUUCUUGAGGAUAUCUAAUUCAUGGAUUAUACCUUAUAGUAGUGGGUGGUGAAGGGAAGCAAUGACACAGAAAUGACAGAUGGAAAGUGACGAAGAAGGAAAAGAGGGGAGUCGGAGGGGUGAGGGGUCGGGGGUGCGGGGGGGCAUGCCUCGGAAUUGAUCGUCCUCCAGGCCUCUACAAGCUCUCGACACUCUCUGAUCUCUGUGAAGAGGACAGCAUGCUCCGGCGUGAUCACACACUGCGGUUGUACAUAUGUGUGUGUGUGCUGAGUGACGCCUCUAAUCUAAGAGGACGUAGGAAAACUAGUAACCUUACUGUGUAUUAAGUGCCUUGUUAGUUGAGUGGCAGCUCAUAUCAUAUAUUCUGUAUGUUAGAAGAACAGAUACUGUAUUAGCUGAUAAUGGUGUCGUGAAUGAAUUUGAAUUGUGUGCAAUAAUGCUGAAAUAUUCUCCCUAGAUAUUUAUAUUUUUACAAAUAAAAGCUGAACUGCUCUUCACUCCUCU